AGGACGAGGUAAUAAGGAAUAUGCCGAAGCAGUUCAAGCAGUUUCAAAAUGUCAGGGCAGUUCUUGACUGCACUGAAAUCCCAGUGUCGCAGCCAAAGUGCCUCAGUUGUGCACUUAACGUGUACUCUUACUACAAGAAGGGAUUUACAUGCAAAUAUAUGAUUGCAGUUACACCUGGUGGCAUAAUCGCCUUUGUUUCUAAGGGUUACGGGGGUAAGGCCUCUGAUAAAAAAAUAUUUGAGGACAGCGGUUUUGUCGAAAAACUUGAACCAUUCAGCGAUGCACUUAUGGUGGACAGGGGAUUUUUAAUUGAUUCAAUCUGUGAGCAACACCUUGUUAAUGUGGUGAGGCCACCUUUUAAGAAACAGAUGAAACAGUUUCCUAAGCGUGAAGCUCUACAGACGCAAAGCAUUGCUUCCGCAAGGGUUCAUGUGGAACGUGCAAUUCAAAGAAUAAAGGUAUUCAAAAUCCUGUCAACCAGAGUGUUGUGGAGCAUGGUACCUAUCCUAGAUGAUAUCGUUAUGAUCACAGCUGGUGUAACAAAUCUGUCUGCACCGAUUUUUGCACCGGAUAGAUUUUUGUAG